CACAGGGUGGGAUUGUUGGGGUGUCCUGGGCAGGGCCAGGAGCUGGACUCUGACCCUUGUGGGUCCCUUCCAAUCAGGAUACAUCAUGAUUUUAUACACCACCAGCAGUUACAUCAUUCCAGAAGGAGAACAGGUUUCAGGAACCCACAUAGAUAUUUCCUUGGUGUUAGUGUAACUAAUAAGUAAAAUUAAUUUGUUGAUAUUCAUGUGAUGGAACUACACUGUUGCUGGCAGAGAGGACAUUGUGUGAGAGCAGCAUUCAGGGGCUGGCAGGGACCCCUCCCUCUGCUUCCCUCCAUCCAGCUGAGGCUCUCCUCUCACAAAGGGGUUACUCCAACCAGCUGCUGUGCCUGUGCAGCACCCCAGGGUUAACCCCAGGGUGUUCCUGCCUCAUCUCUCUCUGCCACAGAGAUGUCACAUGCUGACAGUACCCUGACCAGUACCUUUCUCCACAUGCAGUGAAGGUAAAUCCACGCAAGAAACAUGAAAAACACAGGAAAGGAAAUCGGGGCUUUUCUCUCAGGGCUUAAAAUGUGUGUUUUCAAGUCUACCCCAGUCAGAGCCUCACUGAGGUGCAGUGUGGGGUGAAGGGUGGCAGGGUGGGGGAGAACAGCCUCCAAAAAAUCCCUGCACUGGAACCACAGCUUCUCAUACCUGUCACAAUGUGGAUUUUCAGCUUGAACACACAAGGCUGAGCUCAGGGGACACUGUCAUGUAGAUUUAGGGGUUUAUCUCCUUUCCUGUCCAUUAGCUGUGAUACCUUCUUAUUAUGCUGAAACCCAAAACUUUUCUUUCCUCCAGUGGUUGUUCCCUUCCCCAUUUGGAAAAUAUUGAUCUCUCAGUGUCCUCAGCACAGGUUCAAAUCCACCCCCCUCGUCCUCAGCCUGCUCCUGGGGUCGAUUGUGUGGCAGUGCCACCUCUCAUGACAUCAGGGACCAGAGUGAAGGACAAGGAGAGGGAUGUUCAUCCAUUACACGUGUUUUUCUCUCCCCAUCCUCUCCCUCUGUGCACUGAAAGUGACAGGGAACUGAAGAGGAUGGGGCUGAUUGUGCUUGGCAGGUGGAGAGGGAAUGGAAGGAGCAGGGAGAAAAAGAGCAGCCUGGGACAACCACAAACUUCUCCCAGCCUUGUUUCACAUUCACAUCCUGCAGCACCUUGGGCAAGAGCUCUCCAGGCAGGGGACCAAAAGCUGGGGGCUGGCCUGUGCAGGAGGCUGCCCCCACUUACCUUGGGGUGUGAUUUUCAGCCAAUUUAAUUAAAUUGCUUGGCAAGGUUGCGAGGACUCAUCUAUUUCAGCUUGAGCCAGGCCUGUUUUGAUUUAGUGUUGGCUGAUUAGGAAUUAGUGGAAACAAACCGCUCAGAAAACAGAAUUAGAGGGUGCAUGCUAACUUUUGCACCAGAUUAAGUUGAAUUAAAAAGCAAUUGAAAUGUAAUUUUCCUGUCUCAAGCAGCCAAGAAACAAGAUAAUGCAACCAGUGGCACUUGAAGCUUAAAAUCACAGCAGCCAGGAUUAGCACAACUGGCUUUUUAAUGCCUACAAACAACAGAUUUAUCUGAAGGUCUUUCCUCAAACCUUUCCUAUCACCUUCCACAUAAGGCUGUGUACAACUCAUUUUAUUUGCUUUGAAAUGCAGAAUUGGUGUGGCACCAGGACUUGAAUCCAGACUUUGAGCAGCCAGGGUACUGCACAGUGUGUCUCCAUAGAUAUUUCUGUGCUGGGCAAUACUAGUUGUUCCCUGAAUUCCUAUAAUUUGGAUUGGAAUGGUUCUGUGUGCACAGCUGGAAAGUGCACACCCCCUCCAGGGGUGUGGAGGGUGCAGUUCCCAUCUGCAUCUCAGCAUCACCUUCCUGCAGCUCUGACUGUCUUUGUUCCCCAUCUCCCUCGUAGAAAAAGAUGUCAAGUGGUUUAAAGUCAGGUUUUAACUAAAUAUUUUAAUGGCUGUUUUCCCUACCCAUUUGGGAAACACUUGCUCCUCCCUUCCCCAUCAGCUGGAGCAGGCUGGCACCCCUGCACACACCAAGAGGCUUUAUGAGGCUUUGCUAAAGAGGGUGGUGGUGUGGAGGGGGUGCCAAGCCAGGAAAUCUUCAGCACCUCAGAGUCCCCAGAAGUGGCCACAGUGCUGCAGCCAAGCCCUGCUGCUGUGGUUAUCUGGGGGUCAGGGAGCUGCUGUCCCUGUUGGCCAGAGCAGCAAGAGCAGGACUGGGGCAAGGGCUCCAUAAAUGGAAAUAUCUCCUGACUGAUGGAGACUGUCAUGGGCACAGAACGCAGCACUUUGUGAGCUGCCCAGCAGCUCCUGGCCAAAAGGACCCAUGGAGAUAAUGGGUUCCUGCUGGGUUUCUCUCCUUGCCACCUCCCUUCUGUGCCAGCCAGCAGCUCAGGGCCUGAUGAUGCUCCAAAUUGCUUAAUCCUGUCUUGGCUCACUUGGAACCUCUGUGCUGCUGAUUCUGCCUGGCUCCCUGGUCCUGGGCCCCUGUGACUGGAGGAGGUGCUCUCCUGGCCUGCAGCACCACCCACAAGCUACCCAGACAAAACAAGGGGGCACCCCAGACUGCCAGGCAAUGGGGUGGCAGAGCCCAGACUGUCCCCCACAGCCCAGGACACUGUACAGGCACAGGCUGGCAUCACACAAAGUGUGUUGGCCAAAAACAAGGCCAAAGCUGGCAAAGCAUCAAUGUAGGGAGGAGAUCUGGGGGUUGAGUGGUGGCCAGACAAUAAAACAGGCACCACCAUUCAUCCACCUCCAGGUGCAUCCAGGUGAGGCAGCAGGUGUAGAUAAUGGGGGGGCUGUCCUGGGAAGAGCCAAUUGUGGAGGGGAACUGGGGGUGUGUGGUCCCAUGGUGGGGAUAAAAGAGGCAGUUGAGGGUAGUGGGGUAUGAGGCAGAGUUGCAGUAAGUGUUUUUUUCUCCUUUGGGGGUGCUGGGUGGUUGUUUAGUCUCUUCUACCCCAUUGUGAGGUUCCUGGCCUGUUUGGGGCUUGGCUGGGAUCAGUGGGUGGGCUGUGGUGCCCUUCUGCUGGGAUGGGGUGGAGAAAGCUUCCCCAAAAGAAGAGGCUUUCUGGGGUGUUUGGCUCUGUUGGGGGAACAGAGGUGGGGAGGUUGGAGCAGAUCUUGAUGUUUGGGUGUUGGGAUUAAGGCCAUGGGGGUGGUGUUGAGCCAAAGGGUGCCUCAGCCUGGCCCUUUCUGGAAGCUGGAGGAGGUUUGUGGCUGGAUGCACGGGAUAAGAGCUGAUGCUGCUGGUGCCUGGCCUUGGUUACUGGGACAGGAAACAGGGAGAGAGGAUGAGAAAAACACCAAAACCUUGAACUUAACAAGGUGGUGUGAGGGAGUCCUUGGAAGCUGCUCUGAGCUGCAGGUGUUGGCUGUAAGCCUGCAGGGGAGGAGAGGAGGCACCAUCUGUGUGGGAUCAGCCCCCAUGUGUGUUGAUGCACAGCCUGGGUUUAGGGGUCCCAUGAUGGUGUCUGCUCUGAAAACAUCUCCCUUAAUGCUGGCUGGAAGCCUUGUUUUUCUGACAAAAGCUGUCUGAAAGCCAGAUCUUGGUUUAUAUGUGUGUAUAUCUCUGGCUUUUGCUAGGAGGUGCUUAGAAAUUAUUUUGACCUGUCUCUAUUUCAUGAUGUUCUCCUGGCAGCCUGUACUAGUUGCUGGAUUUCCAGAACUCUUUUUAUCAGCUGAACUUGGUCAUUUUGUGACCCUGCAUGUGACCGUGGGCCUUUCCUAGUUGAGGUGCAGUGGAGGAAGCCAGGUUGGGCUCUGUGGUUGAGUGAGAGGCUUAGAUGUGGCUGUGUGUCCUUAAAUCAGACCUUGAGCUGCUCCUUUUGGAGGCAAGAGGCUUUGCCAGGUUUGGGUUGUGUGUCAAAGUGAAUGUAAAUCCUCAGGAUCAGGGCUGGAGGAAGGGGGUGUUCCUGUCACCGUGGGGUGGCUGUGUCUGGCUUCCUCCUGGGACUGCAGCAGCUGUAAUUUUUGUAGCCUGAUAUUAAGUGGCAGUUUGUGCUUGUAUUUAGUUCAGUGGCUCAGCUGCAGUGUGUGAGGAUCCUACCAAGCCCUGCUUGGGGCAGGGGAUCUCCGGUGCGAGAUCUCCCUUGCUCAGAGUGUGAGGUGGAAAUGUGUGGCCCAGGCUGCUGGUGGGAGUGGAGGGUCCCAGCCCCUUCAGUGGCUGGCAGGGGAUGGUUCUGGGCACCUGUGACCUGACCCUGCUGUGUGCUGACCCCCAAGAGCACGUGAGGGUUCCUGCACCUCUCUCAACUCUGCCAAGAUGCCGGUCAGGAAGCACGAUGGGCACAUGAAGUUGUUCAAGAACAAGGGCAAGGAUCAAACUACCCUGCGGAGGCAGCGGGUGGAGGUGAGUGUUGAGCUGAGAAAGGCCAAGAAGGAUGAGCAGAUCCUGAAGCGCAGAAACAUUUCCAUUAAUUUGGAGAAGGAGACUCCCUCUCUAGAACAAGACAGAGCAGCUGAGGUGAUUAUUCAGCCAUCCUUGGAGGAGAUCGUGGAAGCUGUGAAUGGGGAAGACAUCCAGCUGCAGCUGCUUGCCACCCAGGCCACCAGGAGACUUCUGUCCAGGCACAAGGACCCCCCCAUCAAUCAGAUCAUCGAGCUGGGGAUCAUCCCCAGGAUGGUGGAAUUCCUGGGCCAUGCUGACAAUGCUGCCCUACAGUUUGAGGCAGCCUGGGCACUGACCAACAUUGCCUCUGGCACCUCGGAGCACACCAGGGCUGUGGUGGAGGGAGGGGCCAUCCCAGCCUUCAUCUCCCUGCUGUCCUCCCCACACAUGCACAUCAGCGAGCAGUCAGUGUGGGCCCUGGGCAACAUCGCAGGGGAUGGCCCUAUCUACAGGGAUGCUCUUAUUGCUCAUGAUGUGAUUCCUCCCUUGUUGGCUCUGGUGUCACCUGCAACUCCAGUUGGGUUCCUGAGGAACAUCACCUGGACACUGUCAAACCUGUGCAGGAACAAGAACCCCUGCCCUCCCUUGGAUGCUGUGCAGAAGAUUCUGCCAGUCCUUGUCAUCCUCCUGCAGCAUGAGGACAAGGAUGUCAUCUCUGACUCCUGCUGGGCUGUCUCCUACCUGACUGAUGGCUGCAAUGAUCGCAUCCAAAUUGUGGUGGAGACAGGGAUUCUCCCAAGGCUCGUGGAACUCAUGGACAGCCCAUAUUUGACUGUUAUGACUCCAGCUCUCCGUGCCAUUGGGAAUGUGGUCACAGGCACAGACCAGCAGACCCAGGAAGCCAUCAGUGCUGGUGCCCUGACUGUCCUGCCCCGGCUGCUGAGGCACACCAAGCCAGUGAUCCAGAAGGAAGCAGCAUGGACCCUCAGCAACAUUGCAGCAGGGCCUUCCCACCAGAUCCAACAGAUCAUCAACUGUGGGCUAUUGCCACCUUUGGUGGAACUGCUUGACAAGGGUGAUUUCAAGGCUCAGAAGGAGGCUGUGUGGGUAGUGGCCAACUUCACAACUGGAGCAACGGUGGAUCAGGUGGUGGAGCUCGUCCGUUCCGGGGUCCUCAAGCCUCUGCUCAACCUGCUUUUGGUCAAAGACAGCAAAACCAUCCUGAUCAUCCUGGACACCCUUUCAAAUCUCUUCCUGACAGCUGAGAAGUUGGGAGAGACAGAGAAGUUGUGUCUGCUGGUGGAAGAACUUGAUGGUCUGGAGAAAAUUGAAGACUUGCAAAACCAUGAGAAUUCCAUGGUCUACAGAGCUGCCCUGGACAUUAUAGAGAAAUACUUUUCUGGUGAGGAGAGUAUAAACCUGGAGCCCCAGACUGGCCAAGAUGGGCUGUACAAUUUCUCAGUGGAGAAACAUGACUUCGACUUCUGAAGAUGAAGCAUGACACAGCUCUAAACUGGUGGGUGGAGGCACUUUGGAAGAGCUCAGACAUCCAAAUCAUCAGGAGCAGAGAUGUUGAGCCUUUUUACUUCUGAAACUUGUCAAUAAAAUGCACUUUUGGCUUUGUU